UAAUAUUUUUAGACUCCUCCCUAAAACAUCAAGGGCAAUGGCUUCAAGAUUUGGGAGGUUUUUGAGGCCUUUGGCUGUUAAUUUAGCCAAAACAAAAGUCUUGCCACAAACCAGAGUUGUGUCCCAUGCAUUCAGGCUGCAAUCAACAUCAACAGGAGCUGCAGAAGAAAAGAGCCCUACUGUGAGGUAUGCUGACCCUGUUAAGACCAAGGCAUUGACAGACUUUGGUCAGUAUGUUGCUGACAUCCUGCCAAAAUAUGUACAAAAGGUGGAGGUAUGUCACGGUGAUGAGCUGGAUAUCUUGAUCCACCCUGAUGGUAUCAUCCCAACAAUUCUGUUCCUACGAGACCAUCACCAUGCACAGUUUCUUAAUAUCUCCGACAUCACGGCAAUAGAUGUCCCCUCACGAACAUACAGAUUUGAGCUGAUCUACAUGUUGCUGUCCCUGCGUUUUAAUGCGCGCAUCAAAUUGAAGACGUACACUGAUGAGCUCACUCCAAUGGACUCCAUCACGCCGGUACUGCCAGCUGCCAACUGGUAUGAGAGAGAGAUCUGGGAUAUGUACGGAGUAUAUUUCUCCAACCACCCUGACCUUCGCCGCCUCCUGACAGACUAUGGAUUUGAAGGUCACCCAAUGAGAAGAGACUUCCCUCUCACAGGAUAUAUGGAGCUACGUUAUGAUGAUGAGCUGGGCCGAUGUGUGAUGGAGCCGUUGGAGCUAGCCCAGGAAAUGCGCAAGUUUGAGUACAGCUCACCGUGGGAACAGUUCCCUAAAUACCGCCUCGCCGAUCCCUCAAAGGAAGAAGCUGAUCCCGAACAAGUUACAGGUGGAACCGAGGAGAAGAAAUAGACAUCUGUUGAUUUUGCUUAUUCAUUAUAUGAACCAUAGAACUUGACUGAAAUUAUUCAAAAGUGAUAAAUUAAAAACACUGUUUGGUUUGUUUCGUAGAAGCUUCAAAGUGGAGAGAAAAUAGAAGUUAAGUGAUACAUGGUUUGUUCAUUGAGUUCCAGAACGGCAUAACACCCUUCUUAUUUUGUCUGUAGAAGGUUCCUUUGGCAUUUAAUAGGAAAAAAAUAUUUGUAAAAUAUUUAUGUGAUUGUAUGUCAAAAAGAUCUGAUUCAACUCGAAAAGGACGUUAUGGGAUGUCUUAUUAGUUAUGGAAGUAUGAUUUAAAUAAAUUAGUUACAGGAAACUUGUCUAAAUCUCCAUAAAACCCUGCUUAAAAUGCUUAAGUAUGUUGUUGAAAAUGUCAGUAUGUGUAAACUAAAGUCUUGAAGAUUGUUGCAGAUGUUUUUGUUUUUAAUUGAAAGGAGGAGUGCAUACUGUGGUGUUAAGUGCGGUUUAUGAAAUAAAUUAUUGAUUAAUA